AUGGCUUCCAACCCUUUUGUUGUUUCAUGGUGGCCACUAGCUUUGGCAGACCCGGCCUUGUUCCAUGUGUCGAUACAGACAGCGUCUCUGGAUGAAGAAAGACGGGCGCAAAGAGGGUUUCCAAUAUCGGAACUUCUCAUGGCUGACUCUGUUUCUCUGAUACGGAAGAAGAUUGGGAGUACCUCGCUAGCUAUUCGAGAUGAAACUUUGAAUUCUGUUGUUACCUUGGCUGCUAUCGAGCAUGGUAAAGGCAAUAUCGAUGCCAGCAGAGCACACAUAGACGGUGCCAAACGUAUCGUUGGGAUCCGUGGUGGGCUUGACCAAGUCAAGCAAGCAAGCCCGUUGACAGCCAGGAUGAUAGCUUGGGUAUCGCUACUGGUCACUGGGUCUCCUCAGUAUGCCAUACAGGAUGAUAAUGGCAUCGGGGAUGGAGUCAGCCCUACGCUACAAUGGCUGUUAUCAUCAUCUUUGCUGGAGACACCAGACCCAGUCGCCCAGGCUCUUCACCUGGAACCUGCCAUUGCAGACGUCUUGACUCGUCUACGCGGCAUUUUCCAUCAGCCCGGUGCUUCGGUCGCACUGGGCACAGAGCUUCACGAUCUUACAUGCUUCGUGGUACAUAAGCUCUUGCUCAUACCGCCAUACACAGACUCGCCACAUUCGGAAUGCCUACGAUGCGCUAUGGUACUUUACAUGCUUAUCAUUCACGGCACAACGUACUACACGCAUACUGAGCUUGCGAACAACAUCAUUCAGCAGCUCAAGGGACAUCUCCAGUCAUUAGCCGGAAGGAUCGGAAAUCUCCUUUUCGACUCCUUACAGUUAUGGGUCCUUUCCGUGGCCAUCGUCUCAGCAACAGAUCCAACAGAACUUCAAUGGCUGAUCCUGGCCGCCAAGAUUGCUGCGAACGCCAUGGGUUUGCAGACUUGGGGUGAUGUCGUCAUCCAUCUCAAGAGGAUCCUAUGGCUAGAGAGUGAGAGGGCUGAGGUAUUUCGACUUCAGUGGGAUGGGAUUUUGACGUGA